AUGGCUACCUUAAACGCUGCACGUUGGGCCAGCAGCCUCAAUCCUUCUUCUAUUCCUCCUGGCGUCCUUGAUGCAGCCGUCCGAAGUUUUCAUAAUUGGGUUGGGUGCGCUGUUGGGGGCAGCGAUCACCCCGCCGUUUCGAUCGCACGCAAUUCCCUUCCCCGAUUCUUCGGCGCCCCGACUUCGAGCUUGCUGGGCACCCAAGGCGUCCAAGUAGAUGCGCAGCAUGCAGCCUUGCUCAAUGGUAUCCCGUCGCAUGUUCAUGAUUGUGAUGACACCCACCUAGAAACGAUCUUCCAACCGACAGGGCCUGUGGCAGCUGCCCUUCUGAGCUUCGCUCAAUCACUCAAUCGACCAGUGUCCGGUGCCGAGUUCCUCACUGCCCUUACUGCCGGGAUUGAACUUGAAUGUAAGAUCGGGCUAGCAGUCUGGCCGAGCCACUACGAUGUGGGCUGGCAUAUCACCGGCUCCACGGGCUCGAUCAGGGCAGCUGUAGCAGUAUCGCGACGCUUGGACCUCAAUCCAGGAAAGAUGGCCCAUGCGAUCGGUCUUGCCGCGACUCAAGUGACCGGCAUUCGUGAAAUGUUCGGCUCGCAUACCAAAUCCGACCGGUGCCGUGCCCUGAAAUAUAAUAAGUGA